AUGGAAGACCUUUGGACCAUACCGGGCACCGUUACCGGGCUACCGUCACCACGUUGCGUAAGCUUCUCAGCCUUUGGCCCCUCACGGGAGGAGGACGAGAUGACGCGUGGGUUCCGUUCCGUUGAACCGGUUACCAAUCGGUGCGAGUACGAGUACGAUGCCGGCAUGCCGGCGGCAAGAAUUUCACUUUCCAUAACCAUUCGUCCGAAAAUCUUUCUGCUAGUUGCUGCCACGGUAGCGCUGGUCUCUGCCGAACCGCCCGUCCUGAGCGGCGGUUACUCUUACUCCAGUCGAGGUGGUGGUGGUCAUGGUCAUGGCCAUGGUGGCGGCGGUGGUUACGACGAUGGUGGCUACAUUGCCGUUAGCCCUGGCCAUCAAACCUCCGAAGGUCUCCAUGUCGACCAUAGCCUACUGCACAAGGUGAAGGAGGCGCUGCUCGAGCACGAAAACUCUGGAUCGUACAGCAGCGGCGGCGGCGGUCAUGGUGGCUACUCUAGCGGUGGCCACGGUGGAUCCAUCUCGUCCUCUUACGGACCACCAUCGAGCUCGUAUGGACCACCAUCGCCCGUCUACGGUGUUCCUUCGUACUCCGGACAUGGAUACGGUAAAACCACCGGCAUCGAGCUCGGUCACGUGCAGCAGGGCAUCCAAGUUGCCGAGUACUACAAGGCAUCCCAUGGACCAGCUUCCUCGUACGCAUCCGGUUACUCCUCGUCCUACUCGGCGCCCUCCUACUCGUCCGGCCAUUCGUCGUCGUACUCGGCGCCAUCCUUUUCCUCCGGACACUCGUCAUCCUACGCUGCACCAUCGUACUCCUCAGGUCAUUCCUCGUCGUACUCUGCCCCAUCGUACUCGUCGGGACACUCGUCAUCCUAUUCCGCACCUUCCUUCUCUUCUGGACACUCGUCCUCGUACUCGGCACCGUCGUACUCCUCGGGACACUCGUCGUUUACGCCGUCGCAUGGUUACUCUUCCGGUGGCUCAUCCCACGGUAUCUCCUCGCACUACUCUGCUCCUUCUAUCUCCUCGCACUACGGCGCUCCUGCUAUCUCUUCACACUACUCGGCACCAUCCUCCUCGUACGGUGUCCCUUCCAUCUCUUCCAGCUACGGUGUCCCGUCGUACUCGUCGCACUCGGGCGGCUCCUCGUACUCGCACGGUUCCUCUCACUCGUCCGGCCACUCGUUCGCAGCCGCCAUCCCAUCCUCCUCGUACGGUGUACCAUCGUUCGGUAGCGGAGGCAUCGGUGGCCACUACCAUCGCCCAUCCUCGUCCUCGCACCACUCGAUCUCUUCCUACCGUCCGCCAUCCUCGUCGUACGGACCACCCCGUCCCGUGUACGGUGUCCCGCACCAUCACUAA